AUGGAGUCUGAUCAUCAGCCACCACCACCCCAAGAAAAUAUCGAGCAGGUGAUCAUGACUUCAUCAGAUGAGCACGUGGCAACCCAAACAGCCGCCAGGUCAUACGACUGCACCUAUUGCAGGAGAGGCUUCUCUAAUGCACAAGCCUUAGGUGGCCACAUGAACAUCCACCGAAAAGAAAAAGCCAAGCACAAGCGAUUUGAUCAUGAAUCUCAUCAACCAUCUUCGGACCUCCCAAGGCUCAUAAUUCCCUCGUAUCCUCCAACACCACCUGGGAGUACUUCUUCAUGGCUGCUGGAAACCCAUGUCGGUGAAGUCAACCAACUUCGUCUGUUUGUCGAAACACCAUCAGAAAAAGAUCAAAACCCUCCAGGCAGCAGCAGCAGUCAACUUCAUCAGAAAACUGAAAAGGUUUUGUCGUCAUCAUCUACCUUUGACCUGUCUGGUUCGGAGAUAGACCUUGAGCUUAGACUUGGGCCUGAGCCUCAGGACCCAUCAGCACCAACGGGUACUAAAAAGUUCUUCUGA